AUGGGACCCAGGCAGCUACGCCGGCGCUCAGGCUCCCUCGGCGAUGAUCCGUACGCCGUUCUCGGCCUGCGGCCCGACGCGACGCAGCGCGACAUCACGCGGUCACGCCACGCUCUGGAGAAGACGAUGCAUCCGGACAGGCUCGUCGACAAGAAGAUCACGGACGAGCAGCGCGAUUUGAUGAAGGAGCGCCUCGAGGCGGUCCGCGAGGCGUACGCGAAGAUUGGCACCCCCGAGGACCGCGCCCGCUACGAUGACGCCAGGGCGCGCGCGGCCUCACGCGCCGCAGCAGCGCAGGCGAGGCGCGAGCGCGGAGGGCGCUCGGGGAUGUACGAGCGGCGGCGCAAACAAUCUGGCGGGGAGGGGGCCGAGGCGCACACCGGGGUCGAAGCUACCUUUGGCGUGUCGUCACUGGCGAACUGCCUAACGUUUGGCCUGUGGGGCGCCAGCAGCGACGACGGCGGCGGCGACGGCGGCCCGGGAAUCGCAGACUCGUGCAGCGAGCUCUUCGGCAUCGAUGUGCGGCAGCUGCUGCUGUGCCUCCGCCCGCCCUGCCUCCCGCGGCCGGACGAGGCGGCAGCGGCCCACGCCAAGGCGCGUUGGCGGACGAUGGCGGCGGACGUCAUCGCGGCGAGGUGGCUGCAGCGAGCAGAGCGGAGGCGGGAGCUUGAGGCGGAGCUGGAUCGUAGCGAGGCGCUCUCCGCCAUUGCGUCCGAGGCGAUGUCGUCUGAAGUUGCCAUCGGCCUGAGCGAGCAGGAGGCGGCGCAGCUCGAGGCGCUCCGCUCCUCAGUGCGGCUCGCGUCCUUGGCCGAGGAGGGGUGGGCGCAGACGGCCGGCUGCGCCGAGAUCCCGAUCGGGCUGAGCGAGGUGGACGCGAUCGAGAUUAUCGAGCUGCGCGAGACGGAGCGGCUGAGAGGCCUCGCCGAGGAGGCGCUGGACUACGGCGCGGAGCGGCCGAUCGGCCUCUCCGAGGACGAGGCGGACGCGCUCGAGGAGCUGAACCGGCUGCUGCGCGCGCAGGCCGCAGCGGAACAAGCGGAGGCGCGAGGAUGA